GGAUAUACCGUUGGUGCGCCGUAACGCUGCUUCUCCUCUGCUGACGUCGCAGCUGACGAAAAGCACUUCCUACGGAAUUUCACGACAUUUAAUUCAUUCUGUGCUAGAUUUCCCGAUAGUUCAAAUCAGAGUUCCAAGACCCCAUCCAACUAGAACUAAACUGAAUUCUACGUAGUCGCUGUAAUCACACCGCCACCUUCAUCUACAGCACGAUUUCGUAUUCGACCGGAGUCAGUAAGUUGUACGACCUCUUUGCAGACCGAUCUCGAUGUCUCCGCAAUUAGAUAAUGCUUAAGCUACCAAAAAGCCUAAAAAAGAAAAAAAAGAAGUCGAAAAAGGAUCAGGAGCUCUUCACCGAGGAGGAGCUUGAGCAGUACAAGCGGGACCUAAAGGCCAAACAGGAGGCGGCGGCCACAAAAUCGGACGCCGGCGAAUCCGACGGAGCGGCAUCAGACGUUGAGGCCCACCACGAGCCAGUAGCCCUUAACUCAGGGUUAGGCUCGGGAUUAUCCUCUAGCAUCCUCAACGCCCAACAACAGUUAUCGGAUCAAAAUCAGGGGGCUGCCGGCGGCGACGAGGAGUGGGCCAAAUUUAAGGCACUUACAUCAGGCGUAGAUAGCAUUCUACACAAAACCCAGGACGAGCUCGAUCGGAUCAAGAAGGAGUCAUUUUACCAGCGCCUGCCCUCUGCCGCUGAAAAAAAGAAACAGGAGGAGGAGGAGGCCGCUCGCCUUGAAGCCGAGCAGCAGGAGCGGGAAAGACAGCGCCUUGGGCAGAUCGAGGCCCAACGGGACAAGUUAGCUGAGGCGGUUGUUCAGCUAUCUGAAUCAGAGGAGGAGGCAGGCGAUUACGAGGCCGAUGACAUCUUUGCCACCGACUACAUUGAGGCUAUCACCAGCGGCGAGCUCCAACUAGCCGUUGUACCAGAUUCCCCCGUCCUUGCCGACGACGGUCCCGAUCCCUUUGACACCGCAUACGCGGAGAAGGUUAUUGUUGGUGCCGACAGAGCAAAAGGCAACAAGAAACUAGUGAGUCUUGGAGCAGCCGUUGAGGUUUUAUCCGGUCGCGUGGACCGAGAGCACGCUGUCGCCCUAGCGAAUCCCAAGCGAAAGUUAAGAAAGGGUAUCCAGAACCUCCUUCUUAGCGAAAGCGUAGAGCUAGCUGAUUCGGAAUCGGAACUUCUGGCUGCCACUUCGAACGUCGAGCCUCAGCAUAAUUUGCUUGACGACCUCGACGAGGAACUAUCCGAGUCAUCGGUUCCCAUUGAUCUUAGUGUCUCCUUGCAUUUGCACUUGAUUAAGCACAAGCAGCCCAUAGAGGAGGAGGAAGAGCUCGAGCACAAAGAUCACGAAAAUCAGCUGCUUAACCCGGAUCUAUCAGAAUUCGAUGCACUCAAUGACGAAGAAUACGACGAGUUCGCCGAACUAGCCGCGGAAUCGCUGACCAAAAAGGAAGAGGUUACUGUCGUUAGCCAGGUUGCUUUGCCUGUCGCGCAGCUGCCCACUGAAGCCUUUGGAGAAGGUAGUUGGGCCGAAUUUGAAAAGCAACCGGACCAAGAAUCGGGAAAACCAAAGCGUCCGCCACCACCAGUCCGUCCGCCUACAGGACCCCACAUUGUGCCCGGUGCGAUUUACGUGUCAGAGGACGAGGAGGAGAAUCCGGAAGACGACCCCUUCAACACCAACUACGCAGAGCAAGUGAUUAAGAAGACCACUGUACUUGAGGAAGACGACGACUUUGAUCCGCGUGCGGAGGAACCGGCCACAGGGCCAUCCUUGUUAGCAGCUCCACAACGAGAUCUUCUCGCUGGUAGUGCUACCGACCUCAGUCAGGUGGUUCCCGCGCCCUUGGCGCCGACAUUAAGCGUCGACCAAGAGGCAGAGGACUUUGAUCCCUUCGAUACAUCGGCCGUAUCGGCUCUGGUGCAACCCAAGUCCACGGAACUUCGGUUUCUGGAGCGCGAGCUUCUUAACUAUUCGGGCGUAGACGGAGUAACCCUCAAGCAGUCCCUGAGUGACCCAGACUUUGAUCCACGGGCGGAUCAAGAAGAACCAGCAGCACCGCAAGUAAAAUUAGAGCAAAAAGAAACGGAUUUCGAUACAGCUCGACGAAAGUCCUCUCUAAGUCUAAACAUCCAGGCCAAGAGUGUGGGCUUCCUGGAACCGGCACCAGAUCUUCUCGGAGCGGGUAAUGAGUUGGGAGCUAGUAAGAAGCCACUGACGCCGUACUACGCACCAUCUGACAAUCUUCUGCAGGAGCGUGAACGAGAAACUGAGGACGUUGACCCCUUCGAUACGUCUUAUGUGCCUGAGGCAAAACUCAGCGAUAUAGAGCUGAAGCAUAUUGAAAAGGAUUUGAUCUCCGUAUCCGCCAAUCUACGGCACAGCCUUUCCGACCCCGAUUUUGACCCCCGGGCUCCACCUACUCCUGUUCCAGCUGAAGUCUUGCUGGCCGUCGAGGAGAAUAUCAACAUCAAGGUCUUGACACCCGCUCAAGAGCGUAAGAAGCUAACCAAUUCAGGUGGAAGCGGCAAAUCGGAGGAGGACAUCGACCCAUUUGACACAUCCAUAGCGGCAAAUCUCCAGCCGGGCCAGACUGAGCUAAAACUUCUAGAAAACGAACUAUUGCCGGAGACAAAGACUUCGGUGACUGACGUACUUGACGUGCAAAGCGACGCUCAGGAGUUGGGCUUGGGCGACAAGGUCCUCACGCCUUCGACCCCCUCAAGACCGUCCUUGCCCGCCCAGGAUAUAGACCCGUUUGACACUUCAAUUGCAGAGAAUCUAGCGCCCGGCGAGACAGAGAUAAAGCUGCUGGAAAGCGAGCUGAUCGAACGUUAAGAUAAGAUAUAUAGGCUAU